CUCUUGUCCGACCAGACCAAAUUGCAAAAAAUGCUUUCACUUUCCUCUCCAUAGAAGGAAAGUAUCGCCAGUCAUUAUUUCAAAUACACCCCUUCAAUGAGCACCUAUUUCCCAUAAUGCCAUUACCUUUUCUGUAAUUUACUCAUACCUGUUCUGCAUGGUAAACCAUGAUCUAAGAAGUAUAAUUGUCAUUAGAGGCUGAAGAUUCCGCCAAAAGGCUUAAUACGGCGUCGUAUCAUUCACCACUAACCCGCGUAAGGACACGUCGGAAUUUGCUCCCACAUAAAUAAAUUUCCAUUUGUGUCCUUCUCCCCUCUAGCAGUUUUUUUUUUUUUUGUUUUUUUUUUGUUUUUAGUUUAAUUCGAAAUUUUUAUUUAUUAAUUUUUCGUUCUUCGUGAAAACGAGAGCUCUCCGACCUUUUAAUACGGUGCGUUUUUGGUCUGUAAAUUGCUGAGGAAAUCGGAACCCUAAUUGUUUUUUUGGGCUUUGGAUCUGUGGACUUCCAAUGGCGGAUCAAGAGGAUGAGGAGCUCCAAAUGGCACUGCGGAUGAGUAUGCAGAGCUCGCCGCCGGAACCCAAGCGGAGUAAACCAAGGGACACUCCAAUCGGAGCUCCGGCGGACGAGUCGCCGGAAAUGAAGAGCCGGCGGCUUCAACGGGAGCUCAGGGCUGCCGCUGCUGAGAAGCGAAUGUUGGACGCCAGGAAAGCCUCUCCUCCGUCUGUAUCUCGCUCUCCGGUUUCGGUUUCGGGUUCGGGUUCAAGUUCGGCAUCCAAGGCUGUUAGGAAAGAGAAAGAAUCGGGCGUUGAGGAGAUGAAUUUGGGGAAGGAGUUAACGGAAAGCGAAGCGAACGAGUUGUUUUCAAUGGUGUUCGGAGCAGAAGUAACCAAGGGCAUUCUUGCACAGUGGAGCAAUCAGGGUAUAAGGUUUAGCCCUGAUCCAGAAACAUCUAUGGGCUUAGUGCAGCAUGAAGGUGGGCCCUGUGGCGUCUUAGCAGCCAUUCAGGCUUUUGUUCUCAAAUAUCUCCUUUUCGUCCCUGAUGAAUUAGGUAAAUUUGCACCAAACACGCCACAAAAUUUGGGUUCAAGGAGAUUGUCUAAAAGUCAAUGUGUUGCAUCAUAUAAUUUUUCUUCUCUUACUGAAGAUGCAAAAGCAAGAGCCCUGAUCAGAAGCAUGGGUGAGAUAUUGUUCGUAUGUGGAAGCAACAAAAGAGCUGUGAUUGCAACUAUAAAUGUCAUUGAGCAUGACAUCAAGGAAUUUGAGGGUAGCCUGAAGGAUGAGGUCGUGGCUAAAGCACUUGAAGGUCUUUCAUUCGAAUCAGCUCUGGAUUUGCAGAAAGUGCUGAGAGUUAGCACUUACACGGUGCAAGCAAGUGCUUUUCGGAGGCUUGAAGCAAUGCUUCCACUUUUCCAAAGUCGCAUGGGGGCAUUGCUGUUCCUUAUCUCUGCCUUACUAUCUAGAGGACUGGACUCAGUUCAGGCGGACAGGGAUGAUCCCAGUUUACCCCUCGUCACUGCUCCAUUUGGGCAUGCUUCACAGGAAAUUGUGAACCUACUGCUCUGCGGGCAGGCAGCUCCUAAUGUGUUUGAUGGAAGGAUGGACUUAGGUGGCGGUAUGUCUGUGAAGGGCAUAACCAAAACUGUGGAAGUUGGAUUCCUCACACUGCUUGAAUCCUUAAAUUUCUGUAAAGUUGGCCAAUAUCUUAAAUGUCCAAAAUGGCCAAUUUGGGUUGUUGGGAGUGAGUCCCAUUAUACAGUCAUAUUUGCUCUUGAUACAUCUGUUCAAGAUGAGAAUGAACUGGAAGAAAGGGAAUCACAGAUUCGGAAAGCUUUUGAUGCUCAGGAUCAGAGUGGAGGUGGUGGUUUCAUUAGUGUGGAAGGUUUUCAUCAAGUCCUCAGGGAAACGAAUAUAAAGCUUCCAACUGAGAGGAUCGAUCAACUUUGCAACACAGGUUUUAUUGUAUGGAGUGAGUUCUGGCAGGUUAUCUUAGACUUGGACAAGAGUUUGGGAGGCCUGAAAGAUUCGACUGGUUUGAUGGGUAAAAAGGUGUUUGACCUUUACCAUUUUAAUGGGAUUGCAAAAUCAGAUUUGAACGGGAGCCAAUUAACCAGUGGUGGUGAGACUCCAGUGCAAAGGCCUAGGCUCACCAAAUUGAGGGUCUCAGUUCCUCCAAGGUGGACUCCUGAAGAAUUUAUGGCAGAUGUGGCAAUGUCCUCUAGUACUGGGGGAAAUGAAUCCAAAGAAAAGGACAAUGAAGUGGCUAAACCAGAGCCACCUCAGCAUGCACCUUUGGUGGACUGCAUAAGGACACGUUGGCCUCGAGCUGUUUGCAAUUGGAUGGGAGACCCACCUAGUAUAGUCUGAAAUGUUUGUUGCUUCUAUUCGGGAAAUUCUUUGUCGUUGUGCUCUGUUAAGGAAGCACUGAGAGCACACCUCUGGAAGCGAAGACGGAUGGUGUACCAAAGAGGAAGACUUUGUGUAAUUCUUGGUUCAGAAUCGCACCAUCAGGCACAAAUUGAGAUAGAGAAGUUUUAAUGGAUUUCAUCAUUCUCAAAAGUCUGCAUAUAGCACCACAGCCAUUUGCUUCUGUAUCCUGUAAGCUUCAAAUUCGAUUUUGAUAUGUCAACUACCAAAGACAAGGAUUCUAUAUAUGAUAUUUAUUGUCAAAUUGUAAAAUCCCAUUUACAUACAAAUAACUUUGUUGUUGAUUAGGGAAGUUAUUAGUUAUUGGAAUGUGCUUUAAUAAUUGAUCGAGUCUGUCUGGCCAUUGGAAUUGUUGUAUUGGUAAUUUUUUUUUUCUUUUCUGUUGAAUAGGAAGGCUCAUUAGGCAUUUUAUAUGAUAGUUGCUACACCCUAUAUCAUCUUGAAGGCAUCCUUUUUGUAAUCACUAUCAUUGUCAUCAUUAGUAUCUGUUAAUGAUUGCUGUAGUGGAAUAUCUUGAAUCUCACCCUUUUUAUUGUUAUUAUUAUUAAUAAUUAUUAUUAUUA